GGCUUGUCAAAAAAUGGCCCUCCAUGUUCUGUGUUAGCGUAAGCGACGUCACGCGGGCAGUUCUCCAUUCAAGCAAGCUUUUCUUUGCCUUUUUCUUUCAGCUUCAGUUUGGAGAAAUCGCGGCACUGGCGACGAUCGUGUGGGCAUGUGGCAAUCCCCAAGACCUGGUCACCUAGGAUGCGGGGGUGUAUUCCCCGCAUUCACAGUGAAGCGCGUUCUCCACGGUCAUGGGAAAACGCGUGACGCCCACGCUUGGUUGCUGUUCAGCUGUUGGGGGCACCUAUUCGGCAUCUGAUGUGAGGGGCACACUACCAACAUGUCGGAUCAUGGUGUCAGCGUGGAGGCGAGGAAAUCCCGAUCCGGAAAUCGAACAGUUCUUCGGAGGCAGACAAGGAGAGAGGGAAACGCUGACCGGGGCCGGCACGUCAAUAGCCUGAUUGCCAAAUUCGGGGACAACUUUAUGAUGAGGGUCGUGCGGUACCAGCAAAUUGCCAUGCAUAAGAGACUGGUCCCCAUCAUGUAGCAGUUGACGUUGCAGUACAUCCAAGUUACAGAUAUAAGCCGUUGAUAGACGCAACAAACCACCCACGCACCCGUUUAAUAGCCAGACUUAUCACCAUACCUACCUUCUCCAACCGCCAGACCAACACCACAGAGACUCACAAUCAUGGCCCCCACGCCCACCGGCAUCAACGUGAUAAUUGUCGGCGCCGGCUUCGGUGGCCUUACAGCAGCAAUCGAGUGCCACCGACAAGGCCACAACGUCACCAUCUAUGAGAACUUCCCCGCUCUCAAGACACUCGGCGACAUCAUCUCCUUUGGUGCCAACGGCGGGCGUAUCUUUGCCCGCUGGGCCGACGGCGCCAUUGCCAGAAAGCUCCGUUCCCUCUGCAUCGACCUCACAGACUACGGCUUCCGCAUUCACAAGUACGACACGGGCGAGGUAGUCUACCACCAACCCACUCCACCCCAGCGCGAGGAGGCGCCCGUCUUCAAUGGCCACCGCGGCGAGCUGCAUGAGGUGGUGUUCAACUACGCCAGGGACGAACUCGGCAUCCCGAUCCACCUCGGCCAACACGUCGAUGAGUACUUUGAAACCGAGGACAAGGCCGGAAUCGUGCUCAAAUCUGGAGAGCGGGUCGAGGCCGACAUUGUCAUUGGGGCUGAUGGCGUCAGAUCAAAGGCGAGGGAGCUUGUUCUUGGGUACGUAGACAAGCCCAAGAGCAGCGGCUAUGCUGUCUGGCGGGCGUGGUUCUCUAACAAGGACAUGAUUGCCGACCCACGCACCAAGGAGUUUUGUGAGAAUGGGGAUACCUUCAACGGCUGGAUCGGGCCCGACGUGCACUUCCUCUUCAGCACAAUCAAGGGCGGCAAGGAUUGCUGUUGGGUGCUCACCCACAAAGAUGAGCACGACAUCGAUGAGUCAUGGUCUUUCCCGGGCAAGCUGGAGGACGUGUAUAAGGUUUUGGAGGGGUGGGAUCCCGUCUGCAAGGCCAUCGUGGAGAAGACCCCGAGCUUGGUGGACUGGAAGUUGGUCUACCGAGACCCCCUGCCCACCUGGGUGAGCAAGCACGCGCGAAUUCUGCUCUUGGGUGACGCUGCCCACCCAUUCUUGCCUACCAGUGCCCAGGGAGCCACUCAAGCGAUGGAGGAUGGUGUCACGAUUGCCGUGGCCUUGAAGCGCGGGGGGAAGGAUGGUGUCCCAGCUGCAGUGAGGGCUCACCAAGAGCUCAGAUAUGAACGCGUUAGAGCUGUGCAAAAGACUGGCGAGUCCACUCGCGACAGAUGGCACAAGACGGACUGGGAAACUGUUAAACAAAACCCGAAGAGCAUUGAGUUCCCACGAGAGGACUGGAUCCAUGGCUUUGACGCUGAAAAGUACGCAGAGGAUAAUUACGACGAGGCGAUCAAGAAGCUGGCAAUUAAGCAGGAGCCAGAGGAGGAAACCGCUCCGUUGGCAGCUGUACCUCCAGCUGUAGUGGUUUAGAAUUUCGUUACCUUGGGUACCUAGUCAUGAAGUCCAGUCGUGGCGCUUGGGAGCAUGUUUUGCUUAAGCUGUAGAGGUAGUUUCCAAUAUCAUCCGUGUUGAACAGGAUGCCUUGUUUUAUGUGAAAACCCUAGUUGAAAACGGACAUGCUCCUGGCCAACCCGCUAGCUACCUGUCAGCAAUUGCAUAGAGAUAUCUACGUACAUUUCACUCUUCUUCCAAGGCCAUGAUAACGCUCUUCACCUCCAGAAAGUUGUCCAUGCUGCACAAUGCCCCCUCGCGCCCCUGUCCACUUCCCUUGUACCCACCAAAAGGUAGGUCAUAUGCAGUAUUCGGGCUGGUGGUGUUGAUACCCACAUAUCCACUCUCCAGCGCUUGUACGACUCUCAUGGCUCUGCUGAUGUCCUUGGUGAAGACCGAGGCAUACAACCCAAACUCGGUAUCAUUCGCCUUGGAAAUGGCCUCCUUCUCGGUCUCAAAGGUGUUGAUGAUAACCACUGGCCCAAACACCUCUUC